AACCUGGACUCAACCAGACGGACCAUACCAGACGCAGAAACCACAGCAGCUUGCCAUCGGAUUUGUUCUCUAGCUUGGGCGGCUGAUGCUCGUGAACAGUUCACGGCCAGUGACUUGUGCUUGCUGCGGCUCAAAUCUAUCAGCAGGAAGUCCGCGUGCAAGAGUUGAGCUAGAGAGAGACGCCAUGAUACUCACUAGAACACCUUGCUCGUUCCUCUAGAAUACACUGCACUGUCUGAGCUACUGACCGUGCUCCCAGACUGAUAGGUUCAGUUCAAUAAAUUACGCUCACUUGCUAAUUUCAAGAAAAUUUCUCGAACCAUCCGCUCUAGUUUUCACAUUCGUCUACUCCCGUCUUGCUAAUGGGGCCUCCACGGUCUGGUCGGCCGAUUCUCCUGGCCGUCCUCCUCUUGUCGCUGGCAGCGCAUGCACGCGCGCAGACGACGUACGACGGUUUCUUGGACCAAAUCGAGAGCGUUCUUAACGGGUCCACACCCGUCGGCAGGAUCGACUCCAUGUUGUUCACCCAGGCCAAUCAGUACAACCUUGUCCUCAGCAGUAAAGCCGGCGCCAAAUCCACCUCCCCCAGGUCCGCCUUCCGCAGUAACGGGCUCCCCAGCUCUGCUUCGGAUCCCGGCAGCGACAUUGGCGGCAGUGGCAGCGGCAUUGGUGGUGGGAGCGGCAGUAACGGCAACACCCCGGGCCCUAUCUUUCGUUUCUUUUCCUCACUCUUUGGCUUCGGCAGCGGCGGCACUGCUACCACCUCCAAGUGGCAACCAAUUCCGUCGCUAGCCACCCUUCGGAGCAGCGUGCAAUGGCUCAGCAGCAAGGAGACGGUCAAAGCAGCCAACCGCGUUAAGUUAAACACGAUUUUGAAGCUGCUGAAGCAGCCCACCAUGGCUAAAGCUCAGGGGAAGAAAGAAACCGCUAUUUUCGUACCCCCGGAUUCGAAGGUUACCCUGGAGGCCGAAGGCGUUACAAACCUCACGGCUGCGCAAGCCACGGUGCCCGAUACCGCGCCGACGCCGGCGCAAGUUUCCACGCAGAGUUACAGUCAGAACUCUGUGCGAAGCUACGGCGCGGUUGAAGUGCUACACGACGGCGACGACGACGAGAGUAGACACCACGGCGGGCGACAGUACCGCGUCGAGUGCCACGAUGACGACGAGGAGGACGACGAUGAGCCUGAGUGCAUCGAGCCGACGGGGAGAGUGCGAAUCUUCAAAUACACCUCCCCUCAGAACGUUUCCUAUGUAAUUCUCCGAGCCAAGAGCAAAUGCUUGGAAGGAGUGCGCAAAGUGCAAAUCCGCAGCGCCCCUUACGGGAAAACGGGGCCCCUUGUAAUGGAGAUUCCGGGAUCGUGGGUUCUUUGGGAUGAUGGGGAAAUCGAGCUAGUGAAGCACACCUUCAUCGCCAACGCAACCGCCGUGAUUGUAUCAAAUGGGCAGACCAUGGAGGCGGCGAUCAGGACGAUUACCAAGGCACCGUGGAACUACUAUGUCAUUUUCACGACGGCGACGAAGGCGAGUGGUGCGAUAAGAGGCCAACUGUGGAAGCCCUUCUGCCCUUGGUGCGCAAACUAUACAUUUACAGGAUAAAGGAGUCUUCAAGGCGUGGAGGCCCCAGUUAGGGGUGCGCCUCCUUGGCCGUGUUUUGUGAAUUUCGCAUUCACAUCCAAAUUUACGUAUUAAGGCAUGAGUUUCCACUUUCUCGGUGGCUUUUGAUUAUUAGAGUCCUGAUGUUUGGACCUUGGGAAAUAAGUUGAAGGGGUAUGAUGUUUUUAGACGUCAGUUGAUUUUAUGGAAUACAUUUGUCGUAGUGCA